UUCUUCUGAUGUACAGAAAAUAAAAAGUUGAAAACGAUGAGUCAGGAAUCCUAAGCUUUGACACAAACCAACUCUAUUACUUGACAUAAGCAUUUCUCGUCCCCACUCUUGCUUAUUAAAGAAAAUGUUAAAGGCAUAAAAGAUAAAUUUAAUAAUAUCCUUCUCCACUUCCUCUUACUUGUAUAAAUAUAAUACCUUCCUCUAUCUUUAUAGCACUUUAUUUAUACAAUACUAGCAAACACCCUGUACCUCCAUAAAUCAUAAACUUAAUUUCCUCUAAAUUGAAAAUUCAUCUACCAUGAAUUUUCAAAACUUGGAAGAAGGAGAAGAAGAAGAAGAAGCAACAACUGGGAUAUCUUCAAAAGCUCGCGAAGAUAAUAUCAAAGAAUGGUUGAGUCUAGGCCUCAGCAGAAAUAAAUCUCUCACAGUUGAAAAUUGUAAUAUUGAAACAUCAUCAUCAUCAUCAAAACCUGUUAGUACUAAUAAGGUUUUUUCAUGCAAUUUUUGCAUGAGAAAAUUUUAUAGCUCACAAGCUUUAGGGGGUCACCAAAAUGCACAUAAAAGAGAGAGAGGAGCUGCAAAGAGGUUUCAGUCUCAUAAAAUGCUUAUGGCAAGUAAUACAACAACAUUAGGGUACCCUUUUAAUCCUGUUUCUGUUAGAUCACUUGGUGUACAAGCUCAUUCACUUGUACAUAAGCCUAGUAGAGAAGGUUCUUGUUUGGUUGCAAGAUUUAGUGAUGCAAAUUCAGGGUAUGGCUUGGCUUGGACACCAUUUAUGCUUGAAGAAGCAACGGAUUUGGUUUGGCCAGGAAGCUUUCGUGUGGAUAGAGAAAAAAGUUCUGAUUUGCAUAAACUUGAUUUAAAUCUUAGGUUGUGAUCAAUAUUCAUAGCACCUUAGCUGCUGCUUUUUUUUCUUUUUUUUUUUUUUUUAAUUGUUUAUGUAAUAUUUUAUAUUAUUAUGUGCACAUUCAUGAAAUAAAGGUAAUAAUUGCAUCUA